GCCCUGCUAUGUUAAUGUUGCUUUGCUAUUUCUUUGGACAAAAGUUAGAGAAUUUCGGUGAAAAUGGACAAAUAAUUCCACUAUCAAGUGAUAUUUUGUACAUUAAUAGUUAAGUUUUUAGUGGCAAGUUAUGUAAAUUUUAUUUAGUGCUUGUUUUUAGUUUUUUGUGGAAACUUGUCAUCGGCAACGAUUCAUCGAAAGAUUGCACACAUGAGCUGGAAAGUGGGAGGCGUUGAUCGGUGUCACGCGCGCUUGCCGUGAGCUCGUACCACCAGGAGCCUCGCCGUCGUCGUGAUGAGCACAACCCGCCAAAAUGUGUCGGCGGCCAUUUUAAACCGGAAACGGACGCGUUUGUCGGCUCGAGAUGGCCGUCACCCUCGACAUACGUGCAACCAGGCACCCCACGCACACGCGCUCUCCUACACCAUCGCAGCACUAUGAAAUGUGGAAACACGGCAAGUGGCGACAAAAAACGUCACCACCAAGGACAAAUUCAGCCGUUAGAGUGCCCAGAUAGAGACUACAGUGUAUAUUAGAGGCCUAAGUGUUACUGUUCUGUGUAAAUAUAGUGGUGUAUAGGUUAAGCAUGGCGGGUGACAGUCGCGGCAGCCGUGCGCCAUUGCUGGAGUGCGGCGGGGAACAUGCCUACGCACACAAACCGAUGGCGUCGCGCUACUGCUUCUGGCUCGCUAGUCACGUGAACGUGAGGAAGUGUGUCGCCGGCAUCAUGCUGCUAUCCGUCCUCACUAUAUUCUUCUACACUUAUUACGUCACAGCACCCCUUACCAGCUUGGUGUGGCGCGACCGUGUACCAAGACCGCUCUCGCAGUGUUCAAUUCUGGUGUCAGAACAGCAAACUGCGCGCGAUCACCGGUCAGACGCGCGCCUACGCAUAGAUGCCAAAGUGCUGGUCAUUGUCGAGUCUGCAUACUCGAGACUGGGUCGUGAUAUUGCUGAGCUGCUUGUCGCCAACCGAAUACGGUACAAAGUGGAAGUCGCUGGCAAGAGUCUGCCUGUGCUUACCACUUUGGACAAAGGCCGCUACGGCGUGAUCGUUUUCGAGUCGCUGUCCAAAUACGCCAACAUGGACAAGUGGAACAGAGAACUCCUCGACAAAUAUUGCCGAGAAUACUCCGUCGGAGUUGUAGGCUUCGCAACCCCAGGCGAAGAAACGUUAGUCGGCGCUCAACUCAAAGGAUUUCCUCUAUUCAUGCACACAAACCUUAGGCUAAAGGAUGCAACGUUAAACGCAGCGUCACCAGUAUUACGGCUGUCGCGAGCUGGGGAAACCGCGUGGGGACCACUGCCCGGUGAACACUGGACUGUGUUUAGACCAAAUAGCUCCACAUAUGAACCUGUGGCAUGGGUUCUAAGGCAGAAUGAAUACGGCAAUAAUGGUAAGUGUACAUAAGGGUUACGUAAGAAAACUGAAACACUUAUCAAUAGUCUGUCCUUUUGGAAGACGGAGCAAAAUGACAGUUCAUUGCGCGAAAUUGUUUUGAUUUCUGUGCGUGACGGUACACUCUUUACUCAAUGUGUGUUAAUUGUUCCACCAGGCACACGCUUACAUGAGGAAGAUGUAGCUGCGUUGUUAGCGUCGCAGGCGGCGCUACAGCGACUGGUGCCAGGUUUCAGAUUUAACUUGGGCUACAGUGCAAAAUAUUAUCAUCACGGCACUCUGCUUGAGAACAUCGGCGAUGACGCGCUAUUGAGGAAUAAAGAUCAUUUUACUUGGUUUUGCCACAUGUGGAAUCAUCAACAACCUCACUUAUAUAACAAUGUAACGCAACUGGAAGCAGAAAUGAUGCUCAAUAAGCAGUUUACCAUCGAACAUGGUAUACCGACCAACUCGAGUUACUCCGUAUCGCCGCAUCAUUCUGGUGUAUACCCCGUCCAUGAGCCGCUGUAUGAGGCUUGGAAGAAGGUCUGGGAUGUGAAAGUCACUAGCACUGAAGAAUACCCACAUUUAAGGCCAGCUAGAUUGCGUCGGGGGUUCCGCCACCGAGGUGUAAUGGUACUCCCGAGACAAACCUGUGGUUUGUUCACACACACGGUACUGCUGGAGAGGUAUCCAGGCGGCAGACAACGUUUAGAUAAAUCCAUACAAGGCGGGGAACUGUUUCAAACUCUUAUCUAUAAUCCAAUCAACGUGUUCAUGACACAUAUGUCAAACUACGGCAACGAUCGGCUCGCACUGUACACGUUUGAAUCUGUCGUGAAGUUCCUAAGAUGCUGGACGAACGUUCGGCUUGCUUCGGCGCCGCCACUCGCGCUUGCCGAAAAAUAUUUCCAACUGAGACCUGACGAACUUAACCCGUUAUGGGGGAAUCCGUGCGACGACAUUCGUCAUCGCCGAAUUUGGUCUAAAAACAAGUGGUGCGGUACUCUCCCAAAAGUGCUAGUGAUUGGACCGCAAAAAACAGGCAGUACAGCGUUAUACACGUUCUUAGCAAUGCAUCCGUCAUUGGUACCGAACCUUCCCAGCCCGGCCACUUACGAAGAGCUGCAGUUCUUCAACAACAACAAUUAUCUCAAAGGUCUCGAUUGGUACUUAAACUUCUUCCCGCCGAACCCGAACAACGGCACCCAACUGACAUUUGAGAAAUCAGCCACGUACUUCGACGGAGACUUGGUGCCACGACGGGCGCACGCACUGCUGCCCAACGCCAGAGUCAUCGCCAUAUUGAUAUCGCCUUCUAAGAGGGCAUACUCGUGGUACCAGCACAUAAGGUCGCACGGCGAUCCAGUGGCCAAUAACUACAGUUUCCACACGGUCAUAACUGCCAACGACUCUGCGCCCAAACCGCUACGGGAUUUAAGGAACCGAUGCUUGAACCCGGGCAAAUACAGUCACUACCUGGAGCGAUGGCUGGCAGAGUACAGCGCCCACCAGCUGUAUGUAAUGGAUGGAUCUUUACUACGAUCGGAGCCCGCCACCGUAAUGAACUCGCUGCAGAAGUUCCUCAAGCUCACUCCUCAUAUUGACUAUAACAAACUACUCAAGUACGAUCCCAAAAAAGGUUUCUUCUGCCAGGCAGUGAGCAAUGAACGGACAAAGUGUCUAGGUAAAUCUAAAGGCCGGGUCUACCCGCCUAUGGAAGAGCAGUCCGCCAAAUUUUUAAAAAGGUAUUAUACGCCACACAACACGGCGCUGUCCAAACUGCUGGUAAAGCUUGGCCGCGCCGUACCGCAAUGGUUAAAAGACGAACUCUCCUCGAACGGAUAGCAUAUCUCACAACCUCUGAGGUUGGAACGAAAGAAACUACCCCAAGGAUUUAUCAAAGUCUGUGUAAUCACGAUACCUUGACGAGGUCUAAGGGACCGUGAUAAAUUGUCCAAAAGUUGUAAACUCUGGACGUAGGUCGCGCGAUACGCAACGUUGUUUUAUCAAGUGUUUCAAUGUGAAAGUAUCUUUGUUGAAAUAUAUCUAUGUCUAUCGAUUCUUGUAAUAUAAAACUUUCAAAGAGUGAUAUUGUUACUUAAAUGUUCUGUCGAGGUAUUGAGGACUGAAUUUGAUUUAGUUUUUUUAUUAUUAUGUGUAGUAAAUGGUUCUGUGGUCCCAGCGGAGCGGUUGCAUUGAUCACGCUUGCCUGAAUCGUGUUAUUCCUUAGUUAAUUUACGACUACGCAGUAACGGUCGGCGGGAUGUUAACCCGCCUAGUCCAGGUGCUAUUUGUUAGAUUAUACAUUGCAUUGUUAAUGUGUUCAUAAUUGCCCCAUCUAUAGUUUGGUUUCAUUAAAAUGAAAAUAAACUUUCGAUCUAAACGAAAGAAUGGCAAUAUAUUAUUAGAUAUUAUUUUACCACAAACAACACACGCCUUUAAUUUGAAAUUGUUCUGCUCAUACCACAAUUGUAUCCAUUUAUUUUAGGUUUGUUUAUUACAUUACAAUGUAAAGUACCUGAUGCAAUUCAAGUGUUGUAUUUUCAUAUUCAAAAAGUGUUAUUUUGACCCUUUCUACGUCUUUUUGUGCCAUAGGAGAACUGUGUCACACAAUUUCAAAGUGUUAUUUAAUAUAUACGAGACUGGUUUCACGCGCGUGUUAACCGCGUGCCGUGCUCGUCACUCUGAAACCAGCCAAGUGCAUAUUUUGACAGUAGAUUGUAAUGCUAGUCCUUUGUUUUAAGUAUAACCAUUGAACAUACAUUUCAUUGUAUUUUUUUUUUGCAUUAGCAAAGUUACCGUUCUCUAGCCGUUAAGAACUUUUUAAUACAUGUUUACAUUAAAUAUUAUCGCUAUUUUUCAAAAAAUAAAAAAUAUCAGUAAAGAACGACAGUGGUGGUGUAUAAAAAUAUUUGGUAUAUAUUUUGAUAUGCGUCGAUUUAUGUGAAAGGUAACUUUGUAAGUGAAGGGCAUAUUUGUAAAUGAAAUCAAUAAAUCAAUACAGAUAGGGUUAUCUCUUUGUUGUAUUAGGUGUCGGUACUUAUGGCCACGUCAGUUUUUUCUGAUGAAACAUAGAUUGAAAAGUACAGAAAAUAUAUUACUAAAUUAAUAUUUGAAUAUAGAUUUAAUUACAAUAUAAUGUUUCAUAGUAAAUAUUUACUAUAUUAUUAUUUUGUAUAAUAAUUGUUUUAAAUGCUUUCUGAAUU